AUGGCAGGCCAGGCCAUCUACGUGCCUGCUGAUGACUUGACGGAUCCUGCUCCUGCUACCACGAUCGCGCAUCUGGACGCCACGCCACCACUGUGCUGUCUCGCCAGGAGGCCCAAGAAGGGCUCCAUCACGUCAGUGCAGGCGAUUUACGUGCCUGCUGAUGCUCUCACGGAUCCCGCCCCUGCUACCACCGUCGCGCAUUUGGACGCUACCACCGUCGCGCAUUUGGACGCUACCACCGUCGCGCAUUUGGACGCUACCACCGUCGCGCAUUUGGACGCUACCACCGUCGCGCAUUUGGACGCUACCACCUUCGCGCAUUUGGACGCUACCACCGUCGCGCAUUUGGACGCUACCACCGUCGCGCAUUUGGACGCUACCACCGUCGCGCAUUUGGACGCUACCACCUUCGCGCAUUUGGACGCUACCACCUUCGCGCAUUUGGACGCUACCACCGUCGCGCAUUUGGACGCUACCACCUUCGCGCAUUUGGACGCUACCACUGUGCUGUCUCGUCAGUCCCACUUUUGUCCACUUUGCCAUAGCUGCUCUCACACCCUCCCACCCUCCCACCAUCACCCUCUCUUCGUCCCACUCCCUCCCUCUCGUCGUCCCACUCCGUCUCUCUCAUCUUCCACCCACUCCCACUCAAUCUUCCACCCUCUCCCACUCAACCUUCCGCCCUCUCCCACUCAACCUUCCAUCCACCCUCUCCCACUCAACCUUCCGCCCUCUCCCUCAUCUUCAUACCCUCUUAACUUCCCACGCUCCCUCUCAUUUUCCCACCCCCUCCCUCUCAUUUUCCCACUCGCUCCCUCUCCCUUCCCUUUGCCCACAAUUCAAACAAUCUGCAGAUCUCCGAGUUGGGUAUCCACCCUGCUCCACAUCGCGCAUGCUCUCCCCGUCCAUCCUGGGCAUGGAGCACUCAUUUUUCUUUCCUAUUCCUUUGUCCCCCUCUGCUUCUUGCCACUGCACAUCUCCGAGUUGGGUAUCCACCCCGCUGUGGUUCCCCUUGACUCCUCCUCGCGCAUGCUCUCCCCGUCCGUCCUGGGCAUGGAGCACAGAAUACCCUUCCUUGUCUCCCAUCCUCCCCCACCCAGUCACUCUGCAGAUCUCCUAGUUGGGUAUCUACCCUGCUGUGGUGGGCCCUCUGGAUUCCUCCUCGCGCAUGCUCUCCCCGUCCGUCCUGGGCAUGGAGCACAGAAUACCCUUCCCUUGUCUCCCAUCCUCCCCCACCCAGUCACUCUGCAGAUCUCCGAGUUGGGUAUCUACCCUGCUGUGGUGGGCCCUCUGGAUUCCUCCUCGCGCAUGCUCUCUCCGUCUAUCCUGGGCAUGGAGCACUACAAGAACCUGCAGGAUAUCAUUGCCAUUCUGGGAGUGGACGAGCUGAGCAAAGACGACAAGCUGGUGGUGGCCCGCGCUCGCAUGGUUCAGCACUUCCUGAGCCAGCCCUUCCACAUCUCUGCCCCCACUGAUACCAUCCUUCUCUGCUCUUUCUAUUUCAGGAUAUCAUUGCCAUUCUGGGAAUGGACGAGCUCAGUGAGGACGACAAGCUGCCCGUUUACAUGGCUGAGGUGUUUACUGGCUGGCCGUUUACCCUUCUCCCCUUAUCCUGUCUCUUCUCUGCACACUCGCACAACCCCCUACACCACCCUAUCCCCCUCACAGGGUGUGUUGGACGGCAAGUACGAUGAUCUCCCUGAGCAGGGACAGGCGUUCUACAGGGUGGGAGGCAUCGAGGAGGUGGUGGUGGUGGCCAAGGCAGAGAAGCUCGCCAAGGAGCUCAGCUCCUAG